AUGGCCUCAAGCAGUGGUCCUAACCAGGCAGCGUACCUCUCCUGGGUAGACAGCCUCAAAGACGCCUAUCCCGCCCUUGGGCAGCUCUUCAACAAGCUGGCCGAGUUCAAGGACCAGGGACGCCAGAUCCUGGAAUCUACAUUCAACAGCGACUACGGGAUCUCUCCAGGGCGGUGCGCCGUCCUGGAAUCUGCCGACGGGGGACGUCAGUCAUGA